GCACUUGCCUCCCUAUCAUGUCCCCCAAUAUUAACUGUGUCCAUUGCUGACAAUGCAUAUUUCUCACUUUUGCAGGCUUGGUUGCCGUACGCCAUCGCCCCGGGCAGCCACCUCAUCCGUUCUCUGCCACGGAAAAGCGUGCGCGCAAGUGUCUUGUGUGUGGCUAUACCGCAUAUUACAAGUCUACCAUGUUGAGGCACCAAAUAAUACACACAGGCGAGCGCCCGUACAAAUGCAACUACUGCAGCAAGGACUUCAAUCUGAAGUCCAACUUGGUCAAGCACCUCCGCGUCCACACUGGCGAAAGACCUUACCAGUGCCACCUCUGUCCCUGGAAUUCUACACGUAGGAACGAGCUUGCCCGCCACUUGAAAGCUCGCCAUGGCGUGCAAAAUUUUCCUGGUGGUGCUUGUGUUUGCUCAUUCACUGUGCGCCAUCACCCUGGCCGGCUACCUCAUGUUGAUCCUUCAGGAGGAAAGUGCGUGCGUGUGCACAUAUCAAAACACCAAAUAACACACACAGGCGAGUGUCCAUACAAAUGCGACUACUGCGGCAAAGCAUUCAAUCGGAAGUACAACCUGAGCACGCACCUUCGCAUACACACCGGCGAGCGACCUUAUGAGUGCCACCUCUGCCCCUUCAGUUCUGCAUGGAAGACUGACCUUAGGCGCCACUUGAUAACUCACGAGUGUUAGCAACGUUUACCUGUUGGUGUAUGUUAACCAUAAAAAGUUUGAGAAGGCAUGUCACGUGUGCGCCAGAUUCAGUGGCUUCAAGUGCUGGUGUACAAGAACUAACGUUGAUGCCCCGUGAAAUGUGCCAUAGAAAUGUGCCAUUGGGCCACUUCAAUGACAGAAAGAACAUGCACGACUCCAGGACAAGGUCAAACAGGACACAAAACUCAUUGGAUGUUAUAUUGAAUGUUGUAGGCUGCACUGCUCAUGUAGCCACGCAUUUGGCCAAGUAUGUGGAAGUGAUUGUGACAUUGUGGUUCACUGUUGUGUAGCAUUGCAUUAGUAGGUUUCUUUGAGAAUGUGCCACUUUGUGUUGCUUUUCGCAGAAGCCAAUGCAUAUCAUUCUUCAUUUACACCAGUUCUGUAUGGCUUAACAUUUAUUUCUGUUUUUUUUUUUGAGGAUCGAUCCUUGCCGUAAUAGUGAGCUUAGUUAUGGUGUCCCUAAGGAGUUGAUUCAUGUUGUUGUCAACUUUCUUCUGUGCUGUCGACCGGUUUCCAGGACAUUUUGAUGGGUGAUGCCAGGCUUCUUUGAAUUGCUUGAUAAGUGUGUCCCUGUCCUACCUUUACUAUGGGUGACUGUCAACGCAUCUGCUGUUAUGUGGAACACACAUGCUUCCUCUACGCUAUGAUUAAAGCAAAGCCUCAUUUUGUUAAGGUAGUGUGGACCUUCACGAGCAUUGCCAAGUUCCACAGAUGGCAGGGAAAGGUAACAUUGCGUGCUGUGGCCGUUGUUUCUUGGCAUAA